CAGCUGUACAGAGAGGUCCUGCGGGCAGUCCGGGAUGUCCCUGCGGAAGCUGAUCGUCGCUAUUUGAAGGACUGGGCCAGGGAGGAAUUCAGGAGGAAUAAGGAUGCUACAGAUGAGGAUGCCAUCAGGAUGAUGAUUACUCAAGGCAACAUGCAACUCCGGGAACUUCAAAGAACACUUAAACUGGCAAAAUCCUGA